ACAGUUAGACUGUGACAGCUGGCGAUCGAGCAUUCGGCAAUCUGCUACUUGGGACUGUAGAAUUGUUUGGUAGACGAUUCGGCGUUCCUGUCCUUUGCAGUCUGGAAAACCCAUACCUAUUUUACUGUGGCACUCAUGAUCAAAAAAAGGCAUUGGAUAAAAGGCUUGGGCUCAAACGUAUUCCCACAAUUAUUUCUCUCCAUUGGUUGUGCCUGAAGGUACUCAUUUGAUUUCUGCAUGUUGGUCUCCCCAACAAAUUUGUCAUGUUUGGCUGCUGCAGAGCCACAAAGAGACUUCCAUGGGGGUCUCUAUUACAGAAAUUUGUUUUUCAAGCCAGGCCACUCUCGGGCGCAGAUGCAGCCACAGCUCUAAGGCCAUUUUAUUUUGCUGUCCACCCAGAUUUUUUUGGUCAACAUCCAGUGGAAAGAGAAGUAAACGAAAACUCACUGAAAAGAUUAAAUGGCUACUUAGAAAAUCUUCAGAAACCCGGUCAGAAAUCUCACAAACCAGCUCAGCUUACAUUUUAUGUACGAGAAACAAACACCAUAAAUGAUUCAGACACAAUUCGAACCACAGGGUUUCGAACCGUACAUUUUACUUUGGAUACAAGGGACUUGCUAAGUACAGUUCUGGAUAUUCUGAAUUCAUGCAGCUUAUCUACUGCACAUGUGAAUACUGCAGAAGUAGGUAUGGAGUCAAAACCUCACAAGGGAACAAAAGCAGCAUUUGAUAGGCCCAUAAAAUGGGACAAGACAUAUUACUCAUUUACUGGUUUCAAGGACCCUGAAGAAGAGCUGGAGCAAGCCCAAAAAGUAGAGACAACAAUUAUUCCCUGGUUAGAAAACAAUCAGUCACUGGCUAACAAGAAGUUGACAAAAAGUUUUCCAUUACGGGAGGAGCUAGAGCAGUUAAAGAAUGAACUGGCUGAUCAACUCCAACUAUCUGAUAUCCGGUGGCAGAGAAGCUGGGGAGUUGCUCAUCGUUGCAGCCAACUGCACAGUUUAAGUCGUUUAAUUCAGCAGAAUCCCGAGACUCUAAAAAUGGCUAAAGGUCGCACAUUACUAUUUACUGAGGAAACAGGCAUGAGUGCUUCUGGUCAUGUGAUGCUGGGAACAAUGGAUGUACAUCACCAAUGGGCAAAGCUUUUUGAAAGAUUGCCCAGCUAUACCUACCUUGAGAGGAAGCUGUUGCACCUUCAGGAAAGGAUCAGCCAUCUACUGGGGGGAAUUGAAAUAGUGCAUAUUGAGGAGCAGCAGCCACUCUUGACAAUAGAAGAAUACUACCGAAUGCUAGAAACAUUUUACAAUAAACUGUUGAAUAACAGAAUGCCCAUCCAUCCCCGCAGCCUUCGCUGCCUGAAGAUGAUACUGCAGAGUGAUCGGUUUGCGCCCCGAUUGCAUGAGAUGGGACAUUAUAUCAUACCGACUCUGUGUGAUCCAGCUUCAUUACAGUGGUUUCUUUUGGCCCACACGCAGCAAGCAAGGGACAAUCUGAAAAGAAAAGAGGAGUUAACAUUUGUGGAACAAGAACUAACCACAGUAUGUAAAGACAGGUCAUCCCUGAGCAGAUUGUACAAGGAGCCCAGUAUUUCUUGUGUGCAGAUGAUCGAUUGUUGCAAAAGGUUGGCACCAUUGGAACCAUUCCCGUACUUGAAAGGCAUGCAUCUGUGCAUCUCACAUUACUACUCUGUUCUGCAGGAUGGGGACUUGUGUAUUCCCUGGAACUUUAAAAGGUGAAGCACAAAGCAUUCUUCUACCACUGUGAUUUACAAAAGCACAAGCUCUGUUUAUUGUUCAGAAAUGUAGGAUUUAGCAAAUUUCAGGUAUCAAUAUAGUGGAAUAACAGUGGAACCUAGAAUUUUUCAUCUGAAAAUUUGAGUAUGGUCUGGAUUUUUAAAGAAGGCUCCAUUCAGCGGUCGUAAGGAGGAAGAUACAUGUGACAAAUUCUGGGUGUUUACUACAAUCUAACGGAAAAUUCUUGCCUCUUUACUGGAUAUCCUGUAUUGAAUCAAGAAGUGUAGAGAUGGUGGAAAAUCUGAGAUUCGUAGGGGUGUAAGUGUUUAUUUUUGACACUGGGAGCACAUGGUUAAUGGUACUGUUACUCACUUGCCCUGUAGAGCUGCCUUCUGCUUGGAAUUUUUGUAAAUAAAAUUCAAUGUGAUGUGAAAAAGCUCUUCUUAAAGGACAGCUUUUGUAAAGUUCUGAUAGAUCUAAUAUGUGUGUGAAUAUGUCUCUAGGCCAGGAAAUAGGAAAUAAUUUCACUGGGCACUCUAGCUAUAUUUUAAUAGCAUAAUGAAAAUACUAGGCUGUCAAAAUGUAGCUGAUUCUCUGACCAACCCUUCCAUUAAACGAGAACAAUCUAAUUACAA